AUACAAUAAUGUAAACCUCGAGUGUUGUCUAAAAUCAUAGGGAUUAAAUGUAAAACCUUCUCUUUACACACAUGGGCUAUUUGAAACUCAAGUGAAGCCUAGCCCAAUUUAUAAGGCCCAAUCUAAUAAACUAGGCCCAAGUUUUCAGCAAAUCAAAUGGGGAAAAGGAUAAACCCUUAACUCAAUUCCUCAAUCUCGAUCUCUCCACCGAUUCGAGUAGCCAUGGGGAUACUGUUGUGGUUCACCGGAAGCCCUAAGCCUUCGCAGCCGCCGGAGAAGUCGAAGGCGGAGAAAUCGGAAACUCCGGCUCCGGGGAUGAACGGAGCCAUAGAAGUCCCACGUCCCGAUCGCGCGACGGUUUUCGAGUUCGGCUCCGUGGCAGCCACCGGAGACAGAGUCACUCUAGCUGGAUACUGCCCCGUUUCCGACGAUCUCGAGCCCUGUCGCUGGGAGAUUCUUCCCGCCGACGGAAAAGACGCGCCGCAGUUUCGCGUCGUCUUCUGAGGAGUCCGAUCAUCAUCAGCUGAGUUUCUAGAAAUGUAGUUUGCUCAUCGAGAAUUUGUAUUGUCAGAGACAAUUUUUUCACUUGAACGUCAGAGGUUCGAUUAGCACCAUCAUCAUCUACAGCUUGUAUUUUCCGUAUUUAAAUAAAUUAGCUUCUUUUAUUAUUUUUUAAAAUAAGGGAAUUAUUAAGUGAUUA